AUGGGCAAUCAAGAUCAACGGAAUAAGGAGAAAUUGACCAACGAAGAUGCUGAGACCUCAAGCUCUACAUGUCGGCUGGAAAUAAACACCACAACAUAUGAUGAUCACGUUUUGAUCGGUCAAAAGACUGAAAAAUUGAAUCAAGAAAAUACCAAAAUACCUCUGCCAGAUAUAAAAAAGAGAACAGAAUCUUCAGAAUUACAAAUUGCAGUUCCUAGGCAAGAGAAAAGGAUAAUUGAGAAAGGUCAGAAAACAACUAAUAUAUGGAUAAACCAAUGUUUCCGAGAACUUUUCCUAAAGCCACCCUUUUCCCUAGCUUUCAUUAUGCAGGCUCCAUUCGAAUAUCUUUAUAAUCCUCAAAACCAUUAUAUAAUGGCUGAAACUAGAAAGUCCAAAGAUGAUAAAAGAACAACUUUGAAGAAAAAAUCCAAGGAAAAAUUAAGCUCAUCUGCAAUAAAUCUGGAACCCAAGAAAAUGAUAACCGACGGCAAACCUGAAAUAAACAAUGCAGAAAAAAUUCCAUCAAAAUUGUCACACAAAAGCGAACUAUUUAAGAAGCCAAAAGCCACAUCAGACACAAAUCUAGAAUCCAACAAUUCCCAAAUAACCAUGGAAAUGGAUUCAAGAAUUGAUGACAAAGAUUUAAUGAAUUCCAAGGAGACCAACAAUGAAGCUACAUUUUGGAAGGACAAUCCAAAUACAGACUCCAAAAUGAGAUCUAAGGAAUUUUCUGAUAACACAUUAGCAUGCAUAAACACCUCAAACAUGGACUUAAUGUUAUUUCUAAAUAAGUUCAAAGAUGAAUCCACAAAGUCUGAUGAAUGGUCAACAAAUUGCUCACAGAACAAUGCAAAAAAGCCUGUGAAGAAGGGUGGAAAGAAGGAAAAGGGCUCUGAUCUUGAUUCUGGAGACUCAAAAGAUGCAAAAAAAGAAGGAAAGAAAAAAGAGAAAAAAGAACCCAGGAAAAAGAAAGAUACAGAGUCUACUGGUGGCGAAUCUGGUGACUCCAAGGAUGCAAAGAAAGAAUCAAGAAAAGAUAAAAAAGAAAAAAAGGAAGUCAAGAAAAAGAAGGACACGUACUCUACUGAUGCUGAAUCUGGUGACUCCAAGGAUUCAAAGAAAGAUAAGAAAGAAAAGAAUGCAGACAAAAAGGUUUCAGAAUCUACUGACGUUGAAUCUGUAGAUGCAAAGGGUGCAAAGAAGGAAAAGAGACGUUUGAAGAAAGAUGACAAGAAGGAUGCCUUCUAUACUGAUUCCGAAUCUGAUGCAGAGACAAAGAAGGACAAGAGAGAUGAAAAGAAGGGAAAUAAAGUGAACAGGAAGAAGCCUAUCAAGGAUACAUUGUCUACUGAUGCUGAUUCUGAAUCUGAAAGUGACUCAACAGUAAAGAAAGGUGAGAAGAAAGAUAAGAAAAUUACAAAGAAAGGAGAAAAGAAGGAUGCAAAAAAACCUGUAGAUUCUACUGCAAGUGAGUCUGAAAUCGAAGUAACAAAGAAAAAGAAAGAGGCCAUGAAAGACUCGGGGAAGGACAUAUGUAGUUAUACUGAUUCAGCUUCUGAUGGAUCUUCCAAGGCAGGCAUAGGGAGAGCUGUAAGGCCCUCAGGUACUGAAUCUGAAGGGUCAUUGGUGUUUAAGGUUAUAAAGACCACUGAUGAUUCAGAUGCCACAUCCACAGACUCAAAGAAGUUAACAUCAGAACAAAAGAGAGGAUUCAGAGCAUCAUCCAAAAAGACUACUUUCAGAGAAAGCUGGGACAGAGAUACGGCUGGCAGAAUUCCUUCAUCAAGAGAAGAGCUGCCAUUCCCUCCUUGUGAACCUCUGCGAACAUCACCUAAGGCCAAACGUGUCUGUCAGUGCAAGGUGCCUCCUCCACCUCCAAAACCAAGAUAUGCUCCUUUGCCUGAAGCAAAAUGGAUCCAUAAGCUGCUCUGA